GUGCAAUUGAUCUGGCCAGAAGAUAACGUCGCUUGGCAACAAAAGAGCUGACGUCUCUGGGCGUUGAGUUCAGUAGGUUUGCCUAAGAUGGAGGAUCUCUGGAAUAUUUAUCUUUCCUCAUUACAUUGGCUUUUCCCUGAGAAGGCGUUCUUGCGUUACUAGCCGUCGUGAUUGUCGCAAGCCACAUCCCAUCCUAAUGGCGACAAUACGGGCACUUGCAUCUCUAUCGUUCCUCGUUGUUUAUGCCGUCGCCGACUCGGUGACAAAAUGCGGUCUCACAGGACUAACCAGUUACUAUAACUCAACCACACUCCCAUACCUAUUCUACAACAACCCCUGGGGCAACGAUGGGUCAGGAUACUCAUGCAUAACAGUUGACAACAACGGCACCAGCUUCGACGCAACCUGGAAAUGGGCCAACAACUCAGCCGAUGUCCACGCCUACCCACACAUCACACUCGAGUCAUCCAUUUUCCCCCUCCCAAUCAGCCAACUCUCAACGCUCGAAUUCGCCGCCGACUUCGGCGUCAACAUAACCUCCGCGUACAACAAAACCGCUGCACAACGCCUCCAGGCCUUCAUCACCGACGACGUCCAAUACGAUGUCACGCUAGACAUGUUCCUCGACGCCAACGAAACAGCAGCAACAUCCGACUUACCCACCUACGAAGUCAUGAUCUGGCUCAGCUAUUCAUACGACGUGUACCCUGUCGGCAUCGACACCAGCAGUCCCGAUAAGUACCAGUACAUCAUUGAUGGGACGAGAUUCUUCCUCUUCAACGGCAACAACACCCAAAACCAAACCGUCUACUCCUGGCUCCCCGAGACAAACCUCACGAGCGUCGACGCCGAUUACUCCCCCCUGAUCCACUAUCUCUGGCAAAACGACUUCAUGCCUAAAGACGUGUAUCUCGGUACUUUGCAAUUCGGCACCGAACAGUUCCACGCCACGGAAGAAGUCCUCUUCCGUGCGGGGAAUUACUCAUUCAACUUGGCCCAGAACAAAAGUCAAGUCUUUACUGAUUUGUCCAGUGUCUCGCCCAUUGCCGUGCCGACACAGGUCCCGACGACAUCGAGGUUCGAGUCGAAUAGUACCAAGAAGAGCGGUGCGUCUCCAGCACUUGCGAGAGCGACGGAUGCCGGUGUCCUGGGUUCAGUGUGGUGUGGUAUCGGUGUUGCGGUGUUGAUGAUUUCCUGGCUAUAAUUUCUGUCCGACACAUAUCCUGGUCUCUGGGGUACAUAUGGAUGGAGUCUGAAGCGCGCGAUAGAUUUGAUAAUCAGUGGUUCUCUGGAGUAUUCAUACAUUCUUCGAAUUUGACCUCGCAGCACUCCAACAUUUCGCUCUCCUAUGUGGGUUCAACGUUCGUGCCAUUCUAGAAGCUAGACCUGCGAAAGAGUAGCUGAGCUCUCCUGCAGAACGAGA